GAACUUCCUAGCCUCUUAUGCGGGCUAAGUCGCUCGCGUGGGCGGAUGCAGCCCACCGUGCCGAGGGAGCGCUCCUCAAUGGAAAUGUCAACGGUGCGCUGCGCGCUCUCGACGAGACGGCGAGAAACUCGCGGCGCAGCGACGACGAGGUCCGCGCGCUAUACAGCCGGCUGAUGAGAGUCGGCAGGGAUAGCACCGAUGCGCCGGCGGGCGCUGUCGCGCGGCUCCACGAGCACAUGCAGCAAGCCGCAGGCGUGGGCCCUUCGCCGGCGACGGUCCACCUCGAGGUGGCGGCGGAGGUGCGGCGGGGCCGCCUCGAGGGCGCACUAGCUCUCCUCGCAGCCGUGGCUAGCGGAGGCCUCGUAGCGCCGAGCACUGGCUCGUUCGAUCUGAUCGUUCAUGCUGCUGCCGCUCGCCGCAACCGCCUGCUCGCGUGGCACGCGUACCGCGCCCUACGCCGGGCGAAGCUGACGCCCUCCGCCCACACGCUUAACGCUCUGAUGAAGGCGGAGACGCGCGCACGCAGGCCUCAGGCGGCGCUCCGCCUCUUUGCGCGCGCAGACGCGGUGCCCGCUCGCGGCUGGGUCGGCUCCCCGCCAGACGGGUGGUCGCUUGUGGGCGCGAUGGCGGCGGCGGCGGCGGCGGACGAGCCGGAGUCCGUCUCGCUCUUCUUCGAGCGGCUGCUGCGCUCCUCCUCAGACGAGGCAGAGGACGGCGGCAACGGUGGCGACGUUGGCGGCGGCGGCGGCCGCGGCGGCGGCGACGGCCCUUCACAGAGUGUCGCAGCGUGGAACAUGGCUCUGCGCGCGCGGCUGCAGUGCGGCGAUCGGGCGGGCGCGGUGCGCUUGUACGGCGAGAUGCGAUCCGCCGCCCUCGAGCCGGCUUCGGGCGUCGUUGCGCCGCGACCCGCCACCGACACCCUCAACACUCUGCUGGCCGGCUUUGGCGGGAGCGGCGACGGCGGCGCUGCGGGCAGGCCACCGCCGAGCGAGUGGCGGUGGCUGCUCAGCGACAUGGGCAAGUUGGGCGUGGCUCCGGACAAGUUCACUCUCGCGACGCUGCUCCGGCUGCAGACCGACCUCCGCCGCACGCGCGACGUCUGGCGGUGGGGCCGCGGCCGGAGGGUGCGCAGGGACGCGCGCACGUGGCACCACCUGAUCGAGGCGUACAUCGAGUUUGGCAAGCCGGGCGCCGCGCCCCGCCUGCUCGGCGCCAUGGCGGCCGACGGGGCGCGGCACGGCUGGGGCUGGCACGCGAGCGGCGCGCGCUCGAACAACCUCUACCUGCGCUCGCUGCUUGCGGCGGGCGACGUCGCGGGCGCGAUCUCCCUCUGGCGGGAGAUCCGGCCGCUCCUCCGCUCAUGGCGCCGCGAGGCCUCUGGCGGCGCAGAGGAGGAGGCGGCGGCGGAGGCGGAGCGGGCGGCGGCUCACGCCCUCCUGCGAGCGCUGCGCGUCGCCUUUGCGCUGCGGCAGGACGGGCUCGAGCCGGACCGCGCUUGCUUCAGCGCCUACACAAACGGCAAGGCGCUGCUGCGGCUCGAGUGCUGCCCAGAGACGGUGGGCGGAGGCAAGCCGCUCAAGAUCCGGAUCCAGCUCACGGCGCCAGAGGAGCAUCAGCAGGAGGGGGUCGUGGGAGGCUGA